AUGUCUUCACGAUUUUUCCACGGCGGAGAUUCCGACAGCGAGUCUAGCUCCUCUUCAGAAGAAGAGCUCUAUACCGAUCAUGGAGAAGAAUCCGAGGAAUCAGAAGAGGAGAGCGAAGAGGGUGAGGAAUCUGAAGAGGAUUCCUCCGAGGAUGAAGGUGAAGGUCUGGGUGCGAAACGGUUCCUGAAGCCAUCAGGACCGGGCGGCGAUGACAGCGACGAAAGCGAGGAUGAGGAUCGGGAAAGAGUGGUUAAGAGUGCGAAAGACAAAAGAUUAGAGGAAGUGGAGGGCACGAUCAAGUUGAUUGAAAAUGCGACAAAGAUCAACGACUGGGCUGUCAUCUCUUCCGAGUUCGACAAAUUGAACCGUCAAGUUGUCAAGGUACUUCAGCAAGGUGUCACGCCCAAAAUUUACAUCAAGGCAAUUGCCGACCUCGAGGAUCUUAUCAACGAGACGAACGACAAGCAAAAGACGGGGGCCAAGAAAAUGAAUCCCAUCAUUGCCAAAGGUUUCAAUGCAAUGAAACAGAAGAUUCGCAAAAACAACAAAGACUACGUGACCGAAGUCGAAAAGUACCGCCAGAACAAGGAUGAAUACAUGGAAUCUGAUGAAGAAGAGCACCCGGAGGUGGAGCAAAAGAUCCGCAAGAACAAGGAGCAGAGACUAGAUGCUCUUGAAGCAGCCAUCGAUGAGGAAGGCUUCGCAACUGUCGGCAGAGGUGGCAAGGCUCUCGUCUACACACCGGAAAGUAUCCUCAAGCAUCUUCGCAGCAUUAUCGAGUCUCGAGGAAAAAAGAACACCGAUCGCACGGAACAGAUUCGCAUCAUGGAGCGACUGUUGGAAGUUGCCAAUACGCCCUAUCAACGCAUCCGAGUCCUCCUGACGCUUAUUUCUACCCGGUUCGACGUCACCGCAUCUUCAGUCCAGCACUACAUGUCCCAAGAGUCCUGGCGGGGGGCAGAGCGAGAGCUUUCUACCCUUCUGCAGACGCUUGAAGAUGAGUCGGGAUAUAUUGUGACCGAGAACGCAGAUGAAUGGGAGGACGAUGAAAAAGGACCCAACCCUACACCGGGCGAGAUAUUCAAGGUCCCGGGCAGCAUCGUGUCCCUUGUGGAACGACUCGAUGACGAAUUGACAAGAUCUCUCCAACAGACUGACCCCCACACAGCCGAAUACAUUGAGAGACUAAGCGAUGAGCAACUAUUGUACACCGACAUUGUACGAACGGCCAUCUACCUCGAGACAAUCAACAAGUUGGAGCAAUCUACGAACCAACAAGAGAAUCUAAACAGAGCAGCCAUCCGACGGCUAGAACACAUCUAUUUCAAGCCAGUCCAGGUUGUUAAGAUCCUUGAGGAGAAGACCUGGGCUGCUCUUCCUCCCUCGCUCGACUCAGCGCUCACGCCGCGAGGCAAAUACACCGAGGUUGCUUCUUUGGUGCAGACACUCUGCAGUCAUCUCUUUGAGCACAGCGAGGGUAUCAUCAGAGCUCGCGCUAUGCUCUGUGAGAUCUACUUCCUCGCUCUUCAAGAUGACUACUACAAAGCUAGAGACCUGGCACUGAUGAGUCAUCUCACGGAGAACAUUUCAUCGUUUGACGUGAGCACGCAAAUUUUGUUCAAUCGCACCCUAGUGCAGAUUGGCCUUUGCGCUUUCAGAGCUGGCCUCUGCUACGAAGCUCAGGGCGUCUUACAAGAGAUCUGCGGCUCCGGACGGCAGAAAGAACUUCUCGCCCAGGGUGUCAUUAUGCAGAGAUAUUCCACCGUCACCCCAGAGCAGGAACGUCUCGAACGUCAACGACAACUCCCGUUUCACAUGCACAUCAACCUCGAGCUGUUGGAGUGUGUUUACCUAACCUGCAGUAUGCUGCUGGAGAUCCCACUCUUAGCUCAGACAGGGUCAUCUCCAGAUGUCCGGAAGCGAGUCAUCUCCAAAACAUUCCGCCGUAUGCUCGAGUACACUGAGCGACAGGUCUUCCAAGGCCCACCAGAGAACACCCGUGACCACGUGAUGCAAGCAGCCAAGGCUCUCGCCCAGGGUGACUGGAAGAGGUGCCAGGAACUCAUCGGCAAGAUCGCCAUCUGGGAUCUGCUCGGCAAUGACAAGGACAAGGUCAAGGAGAUGCUCGUGGAACAAAUCCAAGAAGAGGGUCUGCGGACGUACUUGUUCACGUAUGCGCCGUAUUAUGACACUCUUUCCCUCACCACCCUCUCGGGUCUGUUUGAAAUGGACGCCAAGAAGAUUGCAGCCGUGGUGUCCAAGAUGAUCUCGCACGAGGAGCUGGCAGCUGCUUUGGAUCAGGUCAAUGAUGCCAUCGUGUUCCGAAAGGGGGUCGAACUGUCGCGCCUGCAGAGCCAGGUCAUUGCUCUUUCCGAGAAAUCAAUGGGCAUUCUGGAAACCAACGAGAAGGUUCUUGAGACGAGGACGGCUGGUAUGGCCAACGCGUUCCAACGCGAUCAAGGUCAACGAGGCGGCCGAGGUGGCCGGGGUGGCCGAGGUGGGCAGGGCUCAGCACGCGGACAAGGUGGCCAGAGAAGAGGCGGUGGACAGGGGUUCACUGGUGGUGCCCUAGGAGCGGCGAUCAAAUCAUGA